AUGUUAGAUAGGUCAGUGGGUUCAAUUCAAAAUGCAGUUAAGUUUUUUAGGAGCAGUUCAUCCAGGUUUGAAUUGUUCAAGAAGUGUGUUGAGAAAGAGAAGCUGGAAUCUAAGAAAAUCUGUGUCUUAGAUGUCCCAACUAGGUGGAAUUCAGCAUUUAUUAUGUUGGAGACUUCCAUAGAGCUUAAGAAAGCCUUUAAUAGGAUGGCUGACGAAGAAGACAGCAAGUACAAUAGCUAUUUCGAUGAACCUGAACGUGAAGACACUGAUGGGGAAGAGGAUUGUUUUAUGGUGGUUGAUCCAAAGUCCAGAAAGAGAAUUGGACCACCAAAUGACCAUGAUUGGGAGAAAGCUGCAAUAUUUGUGCAGUUCUUGAAGGUCUUCUAUGAGGUAACCUUAAGGGUUAGUGCAACAAACAGGCCUACCUCACAUCGAGCAUUCCAUGACAUUGUUAGCAUUAAAGCUGAGAUAGAGGACUUGUUCGAUAGAGAUGAGGAAGAUUUUGAGCAUAAGGCACACAAAACCCUUUAUCAGAUGGCUGUGAAGAUGAAAGCCAAGUUUACGAAGUACUUUGCAAAGCUGGAGGACAUGAACCAGCUUCUUUUGGUAGCUUUGGUGUUGGAUCCUAGGUAUAAGCUUAGGAAUUUUGGCAGGACUUGUCGAGAUAUGCUUGGAUAUGAUGGUUCGCAAGUUAAGAAGGCAUCAGAAGAAUUGAAAGAGUUAAUUGUGCAGCUUACUGACUUGUAUGCAUCUUCAAAUGGACCUCAGAAAGAGUUGAGGGAAUCAGAAGAGGUGGUUGUGCAACAUGAAGUGGAUAGAUAUUGUCUUGAUCCAAUUGAAGAUCCUCCUAAAGAAGAGGAUUGGGAUAUUUUGAUGUGGUGGAAACUUAAUGGAGUGAAGUACCCAAAUCUGCAACUUGUCGCCAAAGAUGUGCUUGCUGUCCAAGUUAACACUGUGGCUUCUGAGAGUGCCUUUAGUACUAGAGGUAGGGUAAUUGAUCCCUAUAGAAGUUCAAUGACUCCAAGAACUGUGGAAGCACUCAUAUGCAUGCAAAAUUGGAUCAAUUCUACUAGCAUAUCCGAGAUUGAGUACUUUCCAACUACCGAAGAGUUCGAAUUCUAUGAAAAAAUGGAAAGAGAACAUCAACUUGAGGAUACUGCCUCAAGUGAAAAGGGUCGUGCGGGAAGACUCUCAAAGGCUGCAAAGAUAACAAUCAAUAUUGAUGCAGCAGUAGAUUCAAAUAUUUCAUCUUGA